UUCUGUCAUCUGUCUGUGUUGUUCUAUCAGUUAAUUUGUGUUUAUCAAUGAAAUAAAUGAACUUAAUAGAAUAAGAUAGUUCUGAAGAUAUCAAAUUGAUCCGCUGAUUUGCCCUAAAAUGACGUCUGCUUCCUCGAGCAGUGCUCGUUCUCUCUUCGCAGAGUCUAAACAGAGACUUGCAGAGCGGGUCCAAGUUAAUAUGAAUAACAUCUUCUCAUUAACCCGACAAAUCCAGCGGGGAUCUAAAUCUAAUGAGCUUCUGUCAAAAUCAGCCAGAGAAAUGGCUGCAUCUGAACCUCUGAUGGAGGGUAGUGAGCAGAAUUUAAAGAAAAUGCAGCUGAUAGCUGUACACAUGGGCUACCAGUUUGAGAACAUACAUAAAUCAGCUCAGAUGCUCUCCGAGAUUAGUGAAAAAGUUGCUUCUAUGCAGAGAUGACGUGCAUCAUAGACGAAAAGGCUUGUAUAUUAUUUUAUUUCUUGGGUGCAUUUACCGUUGCCCCUCUGAUGUAAAGAUGACCUCUAAACUAGCUUUUGAAUAACUGUAAAACUUGUCUUUGAAAAUGUAGUAAUAGAAAUAUGAAGAUAGUAAUAGAAAAUAAUGUUCUGGGGGUAUAUUUUCAAUAAUGGCGGCCCAGUUUUCGUAAGCAAGUCAACGUCGCAAAGUAUGCAGAUGAAGUUGCUGCCCAUCCACCAAGAAUUUUAAUAACAGUUUUGGUUUAAAAUUAUUGUUUACUACAAAAAAGACGAAAUAUAAUAGGUGAAAAACUUGAUAACUCAUCUUUACAUAUUGGAAAAUAUAUUGAUAUGUGGAUAAGUCACUUGAUAAGUCGUCGGUACGCAUAUUGACAUGUCGAUUAUUUCAAAAACUAAGAAAAAUUAUGCAAAUUACUGUACGUUAUUCGAAUCAUCGUAAAAAGUUUACCUUAGAUAAAGUAUAAGUUAUAAAUUUAACAAACAAAUGCAUUUUCCAGAGGAAGUCAAAGUUUAAAAUGGCCGCCCUGUAAAAUUGCUUUUUUCAACAUGUCAAAUUUUUCCCGUGUGGCACGGAAAUUAUAUGAACAAAUUUUUCAGAUUAACAUUUUGUUUGGUGUUUUCCAUGACUUUGUUAAUUUGUAAUAUCUUUAUUGCACUGAAAUUUACACAGUUACAAGAAAUAGUACAUAUUUAUAAAUCACUUGCAAUGGUGGACUUAUCCCAUGAAGGGAUCUCAUCCAAUUUUUGCUGGAAAUUUUCUUUUAUAAUGAAGAUAGCUUAAAUUAGUAUAACAGUGAAAGCUAUGGAGUAUGCAGUCACAUUUACUUGUCAAGAUGGUAAAUCAUCUUUUAAAAAUGAUUGUGGUCUUUGAAGUCCGUAAGAAAAAAAUGUUUUAAUUUGUCUAUAUUUCAACUUUUAUGUUAUUAACAUGUCAAAAAUAAAUCUUUGAUAUUGAUUUCUGA